GAAGACAGCAGUCGACACGCCAUGUCCCCUCCCCCCUACAUGCAGGACGGGGGGCCCCUGCCCCCUCCCCCGCACUGUAACCCCCAGCCCCCCUACCCCCCCGCGCCCCCUCCCCACUCCGCGCCCGAGGGGUACAUGCAGGAGACCCAGUUCCACUGCGGCACGCUGGGGCGCCCCCAGGGCUACACGGUGCAGACCCAGGGGUCGGCCGCACCCAUGCCACCCGCGGGGUACCUGCAGACGGGGUACCCCCUCCAGCUGCAGCCCUGCACUGCCUACCUGCCCGUCUACCCGCUGGGGGCCCAGGGGCAGCCCUACAUGCAGGCCGGCCCUGCCCCCCCCGGCGUUGCCCAGGGGCAGAUGGCCAUGCAGAUGCCCCCCGGCAUUGCCCUGAUGGAGCCCCGCCGCCCCCCCCACGACUACCUGCCCAUCGCCGUGCUGACCACCGUCUGCUGCUUCUGGCCCACCGGCAUCAUCGCCAUCAUCAAGGCCGUGCAGGUGCGGACGGCGAUCGCCCGGGGCGACAUGGUGUCCGCGGAGAUCGCCUCCCGGGAGGCCCGGAACUUCUCCUUCAUCAGCCUGGCGGUGGGCAUCGCCUCCAUGGUGCUGUGCACCAUCCUCACCGUCGUCGUCAUCAUCGCCUCCCAGCACCACGACGACGAGUGGGAGCCCUAGCCCCGCCCCCGCCGAGACUCGGACACCUUCACCGACCCGCCGACUGACCGACCCACUGACCGAUCGUCCGACCGGCCUCGCUCACUGCCCCUGCUGCCCUGUCGGCGAUCGAUAACGCUCCCGGAUUCCCCUGCCUGACACUGCGACCGCCUCCCGCCCUGGACCGAGAAGUCGAACCCUGGACCCUGGACUGGACCGGCCACUGGACCAGUUGCACCCUGGACUGGACUGGACCGGACCGGCCCCUGAAGCAGGCGGCCUCUGGGCUGGACCGGCCCCUCGACCCUGGUCUGGACUGGACCAGCCCCUUGACCCUGGACCGGACAGGCCCCUGGACUCUGGACCCUGCUCUCUGGACCCUGGUCUGGACAGGCCCCUGGACCCUGGACCCUGCUCUCUGGACCCUAGUCUGGACAGGCCCCUGGACCCUGGACCCUGGACCC